AAUCUCGUUAAGUUUAUAUUUUUUUCUAAGUUCGAAUAACAAUAAACAAUUUGAUGAGCCAUGUGGAUGCGGCGUCUCUUCCGGCUCUAUAUUUCCUUAAUAACGCCGUAUAAGACUUGGCUUCCAUAUCCUAACAUGUUGGAGAAGGAAGCAAGCCGAGAGUGCCAGUGAGAGAGUAUAACCUUAGAUGUAAGACGUUCCCUCACCCCAAUUGAUGGCCGCCCUAACUCGUCCUAUACGUUCCCUCCACCUUCCCGCCAAAUGCUAUUUCAAUGGCUUCCACACCCACCACCUGUUUGAUGAAACGUCUCACAGAGAUAUCUACUCGCUCAACUCCCUGCUCGCCUCUUACACUCGCAACGGACAAUUUUCCUCUACAUGGGCUCUCUUCUGCCGCGUUCAUCGCUUGAAAUCCGACCUCAAUGCCUACACUUUCACUCCGGUGCUUGGUGCCUGCAGGGCUCUUCCCCGCCCUGAACGUGGCAGGCAAGUCCAUUGCCUGAUGAUCAAAAGUGGCUCCGAGUCAGGAACCGUGGCAAAGACUGCCGUCAUGGACAUGUACUCCAAAUAUGGGUUUUUGGAGGACUCUGUCAGAGCCUUUGAGGAGAUGGAGUUCAAGGAUGUUGUGACUUGGAACGCUUUGCUUUCGAGCUUUUUAAGGCAUGGGCUUGCCCGAGAAGCGGUUGGUGUUUUUCAAGCAAUGAGGAAGGAAAGAGUGGAGUUCAGCGAGUUCACUAUGUGUUCUCUGCUUAAAGCUUGUGCCUUUUCCAAGGCCUUUCGACAAGGCAAGCAGGUUCAUGGGAUGGUGGUUGUGAUGGGCCGCGAUAUGGUGAUUUUGGGCACCGCUUUGAUUGAUUUCUACUCUGCUGUUGGAUGUAUGAGUGAAGCCAUGAAAGUGUUCUCGAGCUUGAAUUGUCGAAAGGAUGAUGUCAUUUUCAAUUCUCUAGUUUCCGGGUGUGUUCGAAACAAGAAGUAUGAAGAGGCAUUGUCGAUUAUGUCCGCCAUGAAACCGAAUGUAAUUGCACUUACUAGCGCUCUUGCUGCUUGCUCAGAGAAUUCGAAUUUGUGGAUUGGGAAGCAGAUACACUGCGUGGCAAUGCGUCAUGGGUUCAUAUCCGAUACCCAAAUGUGCAAUAUUUUGCUGGACAUGUAUGCAAAGUGUGGGAAAAUUUUGAAUGCUCGAUCUUUGUUCAAUGGAAUUCGUAAUAAAGAUGUGGUUUCGUGGACAAGCAUGAUUGAUGCAUAUGGAAGUCAUGGGAAUGGGGUUGAAGCUCUUGAUCUGUUCAACAAGAUGGGGGAAGAAAGAACUGGAGUGUUGCCGAAUUCUGUGACUUUUCUUGCUGUUCUCUCAGCUUGUGGGCACUCAGGGCUGGUGGAGCAAGGUCGAGAGUGUUUUAAUUUGGCGAUAGAGAAGCAUGGUCUGGGCCUGGUUCCGGAGCACUAUGUCUGCUUCAUGGAUAUGUUAGGCCGAGCCGGUCAGAUAGAUGAAGUGUGGUGUGUGUUUGAUGAUAUGGUUAAGCAUGGCAUUAGGCCUACAGCAGCAGUCUGGUCAGCAUUGUUGAAUGCUUGUAGCCUUAAUCUGGAUGUUAAAAGGGGUGAGCUUGCUGCUAAGCAUCUUCUGCAGUUAGAGCCCGAUAAGCCCGGGAAUUAUGUUCUGAUAUCGAAUUUUUAUGCAACCAUCGGAAGGUGGGAUUCUGUAGAUGAAUUCAGGAGUGUAAUGGAGACGAAAGGACUGGUUAAGGAAGUCGGAAGUAGCUGGGUUACUGAUUCGCACUACCAUGAACAUGCCACCAGCCUUUCUGUUUGA